UGUCUUUAUGAAGUACAACCUUGCACCUAAGUAUCAAUGUUUUCUCUAGUACACAUCAAAAGCGCACAUUUAAGUUGCACAUCUUAUAAGACCCAUUAAAUUAUUUAACGUAACAAAAUCUAACAACUCUUGUUCACAUACGUAAUUUAAAUGUGCAACAGAGAAGAUUCACCGAAGUAUGCUCUUCCCAUGUAGCCGUUACCGUUGGCGCGCUUAGUCAGUCUAUUAGGGCGGCAAUUUACAACAAUGUCAGCAAACCAAUAUGAAAUCUUCAAGAUCAAUCUCUCCCUUCAGGCUGUGCUCCCUCCUCCGUCGCGAGAAGAACCCGAAUCUCGCUCUCCAACUCUUUCAAAAUUUCAACCCCGAUACGGAAACACCGCCUGGACAGCCCUUUCGCUACUCUCUCCUUUCCUACGACCUCAUCAUCACCAAGCUCGGCCGCGCGAAAAUGUUCGACCGGAUGGAGCAAGUCCUCCACCAAAUGAAGCAAGAAACCCGUUUCUACCCGCCGGAGAUAAUCUUCUGCAAUGUCAUUUCGUUCUACGGUCGGGCUCGCCUUCCCGACCGCGCUCUCCAAGUGUUCGAUGAAAUUCCUGCUUUUCGUUGCCAAAGGACGGCAAAAUCGUUGAAUUCGCUGCUGGAUGCGCUUUUCAAGUGCGGGGAGUUUGCGAAAAUGAGGAGAUUUUUUGUGGGUUUUGAGAAUUACGCGGCCCGUCCAGAUGAGUGCUUCGAUGAUGCGCGGAAGGUGUUCGAUGAAAUGUUUAGGAAGGGUGUACGUCCGACUACGGUGAUGUUUGGGACGUUAAUUUACCGGCUUUGUUCGAUUCAGGUUAAAAAAACAUUUAAGUUGAAAUAUGAUAUGGUGGUGAUUCAUGGCGUUGUGCCUAAUCUAUACGUGUAUACCUCUUUGAUCAAAGGGCUUUGUAAGAUUGGUGAAAUGAAUUUGGCUUUUAGGCUGAAAGAGGAGAUGGCAACGAAGAAAAUCAAACCCGAUUCAGCUGUUAAUUCAACUUUAAUCAGCGGGCUUUACAAUGCUGGCCGGAAAGAAGAGGUUUCCGGGCUUUUGGACGAAAUGAGAUUGUACGGGUGCAAACCAGAUACUGUGACUUUUAAUGCAUUGAUUCACGGGCUGUGUAAAGAGAAGAAUUUUGAAGCAGCAUACAGAGUUUUGGAUGAGAUGGCGGAGAAAGGGUGUGAGCCAGAUGUUAUUAGUUACAAUACAAUUAUCGGUGGACUAUGCAAGGAAGGGAAAUGGAGGGAAGCUAAUGAUUUGCUCGAAGAUUUACCAAGACGGUGUACUCCCGACUUUGUUUCAUAUCGAACAAUGUUCGAUGGACUUUGCGAUUGGAGACAGUUCAAAGAAGCAGCCCUUGUUUUGGACGAGAUGGUCUUCAAGGGCUUCGCACCCCGGCUUGCAAGUACACAGAAACUUGUUGAGGUGUUGUGUGAGGAAGGUAGUGCAGAGUUGUUAGGGACAGUUUUAACUAGUCUGGGAAAGGGAAAGGGCAAAUUUCUUCGUGUAGAUAUGUGGGGAAUGCUGACUGAUAUGGUUUGCAAGAAGGACAAGCUUGCAAAUGUAUUUAAACUUGUUGAUAUAGUUUAGAAAUGCAAAUGUAGCAUUUAUUUUUUGGCCAUGCCAAUAAGAUAAAAUUGGGUUUUGAUAAA